AUGGACGGGCAGGUGCGUCUUUGGCUCCUGCCUUCCAUUCGACCGCUUCUUCCUUUCAUUCAACCGCUUCUUCCUUCCAUCCGACCGCUUCUGACGACAUGCUCCCCGCCAGUUCUUGAACUCGGCGCUGGCACCGGCUUGCCCUCAAUACUGCUGAGCACGCGCUCACCCACUCCAAGUCCCAACUCAAAGGACUCCGCAUCAUCCCUCAUCGUCGUCACCGACCACCCCGACCCCACCAUCCUCGGCAACCUCCAGGCCAACGUCGCCCGGAAUCAGCACCUCGUCGCCCCGGGGUGCAAACUCACCUGCGCCGGAUACGAGUGGGGGACGGACGUGGGGCAUCUGCUCGCCCUCCUCCCACCCAACACCUCCGGCUACACCACCCUCAUCCUCUCCGACCUCCUCCACUUCGGCGACGCGCACGACGCGCUGGUGGCCAGCAUCACCAAGCUCUCCGCCCGCACGCCCGAGGCGAGGGUCUAUGUCGCGGCCGGCACCUACACCAAACCCGCCGUCUGCGCCAACUUCGUCCGCGUCGCGCGCGAGGCCGGCCUCAUCAUCGACGAGGCUCUACCCGACUCGCAGUCGUCCUCUUUGCCCGACUCGCAGUCAUCCUCUCUACCCGACUCGCAGUCGUCCUCUGCAGACACCUCAUGCGGUUCACCUCGACAACCGCCUGACGCUGGACCUACUAUACGCCACGAACUCACCGACCUCCUCCACCCCGAAUGGCUCGGCACCCUCGAGGUCGGCGGGCUCGACAAGGAGGCGCUCGCCCUCCGGAAAGCGGCGUGCAGGCUGUGGAUUGCGCGGUGGCCGCAAUAG